AUGGAACAGAAACGUUGUAUUACUGUGGGCGAGGUCCAGUACCUUUUGAUCCCACAUCCUGAUAAUUUUCUGGGCUCUAAAAAUACGGACGACACGGCUCUGGCCCUCGUUUACCGAUCCACGCCAGGACAAGUAAUCUCACAGUCCUCCCUCCGCAAUUUUCGCACCACAAUCCUAGACCAAGAUGAUGUCUUUCAGUCAGAAUUCCUCACGAAUGUUAUUUUCUACGGAAGCAAGCGGGAGGACCUUCACAUUGACCCCAGUACCUUCCAAGAGCUGCUUGACUGGGAAACAGAGAAGCACAUAUUCAUCGAAAAUGCUUCAGCAGCUACAGUUUGCAUCUGGACCAUACUCAAGCUCGAUCGAUCCGAGGCCGGCAUUGAUGGACGAGCCAUCGUACCUUCCCGUUGCUACUUUAAACCAUCCAAAUCGCGCCCGCUGGAUGGUGCCAGAAUCAGCGUGAAAGACAAUAUAGAUAUUGCCGGGCACAAAACAACACUAUGUAACCGAGCGUGGGAAAGACUUUACCCAGCAAAAACCAAGCAUGCGGCCUGUGUCCAGGUCCUCAUAGACGCUGGAGCUAUCAUCGUGGGCAAAACAAAGUUGCAGGCCAUGUUUAUGCGCGAAGAGCCCAAGGAAGCCGUUGAGUUCACAUCCCCUUUUAAUCCGCGUGGUGAUGGAUAUCAGGUUCCUUCUGGCAGUAGCAAUGGGAGUGCUGCGGGGAUAGGCUCCUACCCGUGGCUCGACUUUUCGCUCGGAUCUGACACAAACGGAAGCGGUCGCAAGCCCGCGCAGUACAAUGGGUGUUUUUCGAUUCGCCCGUCAACAGGUAUCAUGGAUACUGAUGGGGUUAGCGGUCAAUUCCCACAAUUUGAUAUGCCUGUAUUUUUUGGAAGGGAUCUUUCCAGGUUCUCCGAGUUUAUUGCGGUGUGGUACGGAAGUUCAACACUACUUCGCACCCCAUCCGAGGUGCAGUUACCUGUCAGAAUCCUAUACCAUCGGGAUUAUCUUCCGACUAAAAACGAAGCACAAUCUCGUCUAAUCGACACGUUUGUAAACGGUCUUGAAACCGCAUUCGGGGUUACAAGGCAAGAAGUUUCCCUCGCCGAGCUUUGGAAACAUGAUUGUCCCGACGGUCCGGAUCAUGACGAUAUUGCGGGGUAUCUCGAGCUUGCUGGAGGCUACCCAUAUUACCGGGAUUCAUACCACUACUUGCAAGAUUUCAGAAACGAAUACAAGAAAGAGUAUGGCAAGCCACCAUUCGUUCAUAGAGCUAUGUAUUGGCAGUGGGGCAUCUCCAAAAACAUCUCCAUCGAGGAACGCGACACGUACUGGCGACGCUCCGAGAUAUACCGACACUGGCUUCUCGAGAAGAUCUUCCAGGCCAACUCGAAAGAAUCAAUCUCGAUUAUGGUCUUCCCAAUUGAAGGAGGAGAACCAAACUAUCGCGAUGGAGAUAUACCCCCAUUCUCUAUCCUUACUGGGUAUGCAUCAUUGAAAAUGUCACCGAUGAUGCGGGGACCAGAGCUCACGACUAUAGUUGGUCAUAUUCCAUACAAUUCUGUCGUGACGGAGACAAAAGAGCCAUUGCCAAUUGCGGCAUCGGUGCUUGGACCACCCGGGUCCGACCUUAUUCUUGCUGCUAUAGUUGAAAGGGGUUUGAAAGCUGCAGGUCUUCCUACAAAGCUGAAGACUGGACGCUUCAUUUACUAG